AUGGAGGCCAUGAUCGAGAACCAGAACCAGAUCAGGGCCUCCCCAUCGGUGUCUGACACAGCUCAUCCUGGCAGUAUCAGCAGCCAAAGCACCCUGGUGGCGCAAACCCUCGGACCACAACUUGGAAGCGCCAGGAACACAACAAUAUCCACCUGGAACGAAACCCAGCAUAUCAGGUCGAUCGACAUGGAGACAUCAUUGAUCGACAAUCCUACACUGACGUCUUUCGUUCCAGAAAAAGUUGUGCCAACAUAUCAGAAUCCGCCCACUUCAACGAACCCAAGUUUGGCGGACACGGUGCAACAGUCCGCGCAACCCUUUUCAAACAGGCAUAUUGAGGCCAAGGAAGACUCUGACGCUACAAACAUGGACAAGGAGGCCACUAUUCUUGCUCCACAGGUGGUGAACUGGGAACAUCAUGGUAAUGUACCGGUCACAUCCAACCCUCAAAGCCUCUAUCUGAUUGUCUUUUGGCACAGGUCCGGGGUCCUGGCUAUCGAUUUUGAAAACAGCGCCAGAGAGCUUAUAACCACGUGGACGCGGCGUUUGACGUUGGAUCGGAGCAAAAUCGCAGCUACCCAACACCGCGAACCUGAUCCCGAGACUGCCUGGAAAUAUUAUACUGGAAAAGCAUACUUUGAGGAAUCGUUCGACGCAACUCUCGGCAUUGUGUAUAGACCCGAGUUUGAAAGCGCCCUUCGAGCCCACUUACGCGGAGAUCUGGUGUCGGGCGAUGACGCCUCGUGGUUCGCCUUGCGCAAAACCGUGUAUGCCUCAGGGUGUCGAAUCUACCUCUCCAAACACACGUCGAUGAGUUUCACAGAGAUCCAAGCUGAAGCAUGGAGCUACUUUCAGAGUGCCAUGUCCGUCCUCAUCGAGUUACUUUUCACCCCCACAGGUUUGCUCGCUGUUCGCGCCCUGAUCGCAAUGGCUUUUUUCUCAGAGGGUCUCGGCAAUCCCGCCCUCGAGUACAUGUUCUGUGCCGGUGCGGCGCGAGUGGCUCAGGCAAAGGGAUUACAUCGGCGACCGGCCAAAGCGUGGAACUUGGCUGCCCAUGAUGAACUACACUAUAGUUGGCUGUUCUGGGCUAUAUAUUGCUGCGAGAAGCAUAUUGCUCACCGCUCUGGACGACCGUCUGCCAUCGACGACGACGAGAUCAGCUGUCAGAUCCCGACCGAGGCAUGCCCCGGAAGCACUCUUGACGUGCAGGCAUUCACAUAUCUUAUUCGACACGCCCAGAUAUCCUCUCAGAUCUCCAAACGACUCAUGUCGGUCAAGGCUUUUCAACAGCCGCCGAGCACUCUACUUGAAACCGUAGCAGAACUGGAUCACCAGCUGCACGAAUGGAGAGAUUCUCUCCCGCCGGGACUGAGACCGGACGACCGCCUCCGGUCCUUUCAGGUCCCCCACGACGCCAGGUAUCUCCCUACGGUCCUUAUGCAUUGCGCUUACUACGGGAGCUUGAUGGCCAUACACACCAUCUUUGCCUACCCGUGGGUGUACAGCACCAUCUUCGGGAACGGUCGGGGUGUCGUCACCCAAGACCAACUGAUCUUCAGCUCGAACACGGUUGCAGAAGCCGCGAGGAAUAUCAUCAUCAUCGCGAGAAGCCUGGAGAUCAACGGUGCCUCGAUACAAUGGCCAACCUUCUACUAUCCCAUGAUCGGGCUGAUCAAUCUCUUCAUCCACAUCCUCAAGUUCCCGUCUCUGUCCUCGGCGCGGUCUGACGUGGCCCUCCUCGACGUGGCGGCCGGCUACUUUGGACACAUGGAGUUUGUGACGUCUUCGGAGCUCAACUUUCCAUUCGCUCGAGACGUCGCCACCGUCGCUCGGCAGACUGUCACCAAGGCGUUGAAGACCGACGUCCCCGCGAGCACGGGCGCCGAUGACGGCUUCAGUCUCGCCAACGACGUGGACAUUCCGUUUGGGGACAUCUUCUGCGCGAGUCAGGACUUCAACCUCGACGACUGGAGCGUGUUCUCGUCCGUCUUCUCUGACGAGGCACUGAUGAAUCGCGAGAUCGCUUUCUGA